AUGUUCUUAACUGGAAAAUUGGCAAAUGGAUUGCAGAUAUCGAGUUACGGCCUUCCGGCUGAUGCAGCAGAUCCUCCAGACACGCUUAGGCACUACCUGGAGGAAUUACUGCGUGCUAUGCUCCGAGUGUGGGUGCGACAAGGCCAGGCAGCUGCCUUACUUACAGAUCGCAAAAGCGAAACAGAUAAAACGGUAAUUGUCCGACGUGAAGGCGGUGAAUUUGGCUUCAGAAUACAUGGUUCGAAGCCUGUGGUGGUCUCAGCUAUUGAGCCUGAUACGCCUGCUGAAUCCUGCGGCCUUGAGGUCGGUGAUAUUGUCCUCAGCGUCAAUGGCGUCCCAGUGCUGGAUAAAACGCAUUCCGAGGUUGUGCGUUUGGCGCACGCAGGCAGCGAUGUCCUCGAACUAGAGGUAGCACGAACUAUAACCGCUUUAUCUGCCGGUCUGAGCGAUGCUGGAAGCGCGCCUGCACUUUACUCUGGAUAUCUUUGGCGUCAGGUUGGUCAGCCAAGUGAAAAUUCUUCUACGCCUGCAAAAUGGGUUAGGCGUUGGUUUUGCCUGAAGCCCGAUCACUGCCUUUAUUAUUAUAAAACUGAUCAGGAUACGCAGCCAGUUGGCGCAUUACUUCUGGCGCGCCAUAAAGUUGAGUCCGGACCAAGUGACGUAACUCAAGCCUAUGCUUUCCGCAUAUCUUCAGAAGAAGCACCUCCACUGCAACUCGCUGCGGAUUCAGAAGAAGCUGCCGCAAGAUGGAUCGCUGUAAUAUCGCAUGCAGCUGAGCAAACAGAUCCGUGGUUGGAGACGUCACGCAGAAGUUUGCGGGCUCCAGCAGCUUGUAUUUCUCGUCCUGAUUGUUUCGGAUAUCUAAUGAAAUUAGGAGGAAAGUGGAGGUCGUGGAGCAAGCGAUACUGCGUUCUCAAAGAUGCAUGUCUUUAUUUCUAUCAAGAUGGCAGCAGUAAAACGGCAUUUGGAAUGGCAUGUCUUCAGGGAUAUAAAGUACAACCGUCAACAGUUGGGGGUAAAAAACAUGCAUUUGAAUUAGCACCGCCUGAAUCUAGACAAAGGCAUUAUUAUUUUCAUACAGAAUCAGAAAUGGAUAGAAAACGCUGGGUGGCUGCUUUAGAGUAUUCCAUAGAUCGUUGGAUGAAAGCUGGAUGAAUAUAAAAGUAAAUUACAUUCCCGGUAAGGUUUGGUUUUCGAUCAACUUGGAAGAUAAAUAUUUCUAACAGCAC